CAGGACGCUACUAUUAUGAAGCAUCUGAGAGGGGCUAUCUCCUUUCAGGCGUGUGUUCCAGGUAAGUUUUUUUCUACCUACCUAAGCACUAGAGGUACCAGAUGCUCUUUAUGUUGUAAAUAUAAACUGCUUUCAACACCCCCAACUCCUCGAACCUCUUAGGUACGCAUCUCGUUUUUUUAUCGCAAUAUUGAACUCUCAGGUCUUUUCAUCCUGGAUCCGUAAUCCCCUCUGACUGCCAUUGUUACAUAACCGGUCAGCGCCAUCCGUCGACUAAACCAAAGUCAUAAAGUUCUACCCACAAUACCUGCCGCUUGGCCUAUCGGUUUAAGGUAUCACUUACAGACGCUCUAUCGAUUAUUCUCAAUUUAUUUACGCCUAGAUGUUUGUCAUGCACCCGGUAUCCAUUCUUGUAUGUCCUCUACUCGUGGCUUGCCACUUGCUUCUCCCUGACCCCAACACUGACCCCCACCACAUUUCCAACUCUAUCUUCUCUGGUUUGGACUAUGGGAUACAGCAGAUCGUAUGGCGGCACCAGCAGAUAACUCGUGGUGCACGGAACGAAGUGAGGCAUAUCGACCGUGUCUCGAGAUCUGGUAGUUCCGAGUGCAUCCACGAAGCAGUAAAGCCAAUCCUUGAAACGUGUCAUUCGUGGGGGGUUGAAGGCUUAACUACGGAUAUGAGAGUUCGGGUGGCCGUUAUACUCUCAGUUUGCGAAUUCGAAUCACUGGGGGUUAUGAUUCCUGCUAAUUGUGAGCCUCUCUUUCGUCAGCAGAUAUCUCGCAGUGAACGUCCCCCUCAAAAGGUGAUAGACAAAUGCGUUUUAACCUUAGAAACCAAGCCCCAAUGGUGGACCACAUACAGUGGGAAUUACCAGUCGGUGGGUGCUAUCUGUGCCCAAGAAUCGCUUCCAUUUGAGAAAGACCAAAUUUUGGACUUGUAUUCUAAUAUAACGGACAAGUUCUACGAUUUCUACCACUCCAUGGUUGAAUCCUACCAGCGGACGGAUGAUUUCUCUCGGGACUUGGGCACAACGGUGGAGGAAAUAAACCAGUUGUUCCAAUCCCAGAUGACGGAGAUGAAUGCAGCCUAUGCUCGACAAGCAAGGGAGUACUCCGCUUCCUUGUCGGAGAUAAACCAAGCUUUAAAAACCACCGCCGAUUUCUCCACCGAAGUCAUGUUGAGCAGUGAGCGCAUGGGAGAGCGCCUCGCCUUGUCCUUAGAAAACAUAAAUAAGGAAAUUGCGCAAGUCUACCUGAGCCUAGUGGAGGCAGACUGGUCCCAGGAAAUUGAAACCUUGAAGGCAGAGUUUGUAGAGUCUAUGAAGGUUAAAAAAGUCCUCGGUGAAGACCUUCUCGGUGAGAUCAUUGCUGGCUUGCAAACUUCAAAUCACCUCGCAACUGCCAACCACGCUAUUGCUGUUGGGCUCUCCAAUGAGCUAUCCAGUGCUACUGGAUCUUUGCAGGGAUUGAAAGGUCUAAUUUACACUACCGAUAAGUCUGUUUGA